CGCUAAAGACUCCGAUGCUUCGCGCGCGUGCGCUUUUCCCUUCCUUCAACACCCCCCCUCCCCCAACCCCAGCUUCCAUUCCCUACUCCGACUUUUCCCAGUGUGCUAGGAGCGCGAAAUUCACUUUUCUUUCCUCCUCCUCCUUUCUUAACCUAGAGCUAACCGCCUAGGUGUGAGUGCGUCUCUUCUCUCCGUCCCUCACUCCCAAGGGCUUUCAUACGCGCGCGCACUCUCCAACGCCCUCCCCCCGCCUUAUACUGUUUCUUUCGCGCACGCGCGCCGGCUCGCGCCCUCUCUCUCGCUUUCCUCAAGCCCGCGAGAUCCCCCCUUCCGCCUCGCGGCGCCUUCUCGCGCCGCCGCCUCCUUGUAUCCCUCACACAUCGGCCCCCCCACCCGCUAACGGCGGCGCCCCUUCUCCCCAACCCCCUUCACUCCCCGCGCGCUCGGGCGGGCCCGGCCCCAGCCCCGUCCUACCCCCCCCAACUCCCCUUCCGGACGCCGCCACCAUGUUGAAGCCGCAGCCGCCUCAGCCAUCUCAGCCCCAGCAGACACCCAUCCAGCAACCGGCACCAGCACGCCGGCCUCCCGGGGGGACCAGCCCCCCCAACGGAAGCCUCGGGGGGACCCCAGCCUCCACCUCGGCCCCGGGGCCACCCACCGCCGCUUCCCCGGGCCUAGGGCCUCCUGGAGGCAGUGGGAUCCGCCGGGGAGGUGAGGGGGUUCUGCCGCCACAGCCGCCAACACAUCAGCUUCAGGAGCGGCCCGGGGGCGCUGCUACUGGCGGUACCAGGGGACAGAGCACAGGAAAGGGGCCCCCACCAUCACCUGUAUUUGAGGGUGUCUACAAUAAUUCUAGGAUGCUGCACUUCCUUACUGCUGUUGUGGGUUCCACUUGUGAUGUAAAGGUGAAAAAUGGUACCACAUAUGAAGGUAUUUUCAAGACUCUGAGUUCAAAGUUUGAACUAGCAGUGGAUGCGGUUCAUAGGAAGGCUUCUGAGCCAGCAGGUGGUCCCCGUCGAGAGGAUAUUGUGGAUACCAUGGUGUUUAAGUCAAGUGAUGUGAUGAUGGUUCACUUCCGAAACGUUGACUUCAAUUAUGCCACUAAGGACAAGUUCACAGACUCUGCCAUUGCCAUGAACUCAAAGGUGAAUGGUGAACACAAGGAGAAGGUGCUACAGCGCUGGGAAGGGGGUGAUGGCAACAGUGAUGACUAUGACCUUGAAUCUGAUAUGUCUAAUGGAUGGGACCCCAAUGAAAUGUUCAAGUUCAAUGAGGAAAACUAUGGAGUAAAAACAACUUAUGACAGUAGCCUCUCUUCUUAUACGGUCCCCCUGGAGAAGGACAACUCAGAGGAGUUUCGUCAGCGAGAGCUCCGUGCAGCCCAACUGGCCCGAGAAAUAGAGUCCAGUCCCCAGUACCGUUUACGUAUUGCUAUGGAGAAUGAUGAUGGACGGACAGAGGAGGAGAAGCAUAGCUCUGUGCAGCGACAGGGCUCAGGUCGUGAUAGUCCCAGUUUAGUGUCCAGGGAAGGGAAGUAUAUCCCUCUGCCCCAGAGAAUGCGAGAGGGAGGCCCCCGAGGAGGAGUUCGAUGCAGCAGCUCCAGGGGAGGUCGACCUGGCAUUGGUUCCUUGCCCCCUCGGGGUGGCCCCCACCACCCUGACAGCAGUGGUCCCAGUCCUGGUCCUGAGCCCCGUGGCAUCAAUGGAGGUCCUUCCCGCAUGUCCCCAAAAGCCCAGAGGCCUCUUAGAGGUGCAAAGACCAUGUCUUCCCCUAGCAGCCGACCCCCUGGAGAAACCUCUGUCCCAUCUACCACAGUUGGUCGGAUGUAUCCCCCACGUUCCCCUAAGUCAGCUGCUCCUGCCCCAGCCUCAGCUUCCUGUCCUGAGCCACCUGUAGGCUCUUCAGUUCCCACCUCUACAGCCUCUAUUCCUCCAGUUUCGUCAGCUAUGGAACCUGGAGCUGGUCCCAUUUCCCCAACCUCCCCAAAGGUUACAGCUCCUAAUGAUGGAAAAGAACUACCCCAAAAGGAACCUGGGAGAACUCUGGAGCCACCAGAGCUAGCCCGAAUAGCUGGGAAAGCCCCUGGCCUUCAGAAUGAACAAAAACGUUACCAGUUGGAAGAACUGAAGAAAUUUGGGGCUCAGUUUAAGCUGCAGUCCAGCAGUUCUCCUGAGACCAGCCUGGACCCUUUCUCCCCCCGAGGACCCAAGGAGGGUGGGGUGGAAGCCAAAGGAAAGGAAAAGGAGGUGGAGGGUCUUCUGGCUCCAGAGCCUCUGGUGUCCUCUGGCUCCUCCAAAACAGAAUCUCCACCUGAUAAGGAGGAAAAACUGUCUCUUCCCUCGACAGGAGGGUCUGAAGGACCAGAGCAAUCCCAAACACCUCGACAGAACCAAAUGGGCAGUCCUCCUGGGGGCAUCAGCAAGGGGGAUGACAAGGAAGAGGGGCCUGUCACUGAUCAAGUGAAGAAGUCGACACUGAACCCCAAUGCCAAGGAGUUCAACCCUUCAAAACCUCUGUUGUCUGUGAACAAGUCAACCAGCACCCCAACUUCCCCAGGUCCCCGGACUCAUUCAACUCCUUCAAUCCCAGUGCUGACAGCAGGCCAGAGUGGGAUGUAUAGCCCCCAGUACAUCUCCUAUAUACCUCAGAUCCACAUGGGGCCAGCCGUGCAGGCUCCUCAGAUGUACCCAUACCCUGUAUCUAACUCUGUGCCUGGUCAGCAGGGCAAGUACCGGGGAGCUAAAGGUUCCUUGCCUCCCCAACGCUCAGAUCAGCACCAGCCAGCCUCAGCACCCCCUAUUAUGCAGGCGGCGGCAGCUGCAGGGCCCCCUUUGGUGGCAGCCACACCAUAUUCUUCCUAUAUCUCCUACAAUCCCCAGCAGUUCCCAGGCCAGCCUACCAUGAUGCAGCCCAUGGCCCAUUAUCCCUCACAGCCUGUCUUUGCCCCAAUGCUUCAGAGUAACCCAAGGAUGCUGACGUCAGGCAGCCACCCCCAGGCCAUAGUCUCAUCUUCUACUCCUCAAUACCCUCCAGCAGAGCAGCCCACUCCCCAAGCCCUUUAUGCCACAGUUCACCAGUCCUAUCCACACCACGCCACGCAGCUCCAUGCCCACCAGCCGCAGCCAGCCACCACCCCUACUGGGAGCCAGCCGCAGUCCCAGCAUGCGGCCCCCAGCCCUGUCCAGCAUCAGGCAGGGCAGCCGCCACACUUGGGUAGUGGGCAGCCACAACAGAACUUGUACCAUCCAGGUGCCUUAACAGGCACACCACCAUCUCUGCCACCGGGACCUUCUGCCCAGUCCCCUCAGAGCAGCUUCCCUCAGCCAGCUGCAGUCUAUGCCAUCCAUGCCCACCAGCAGCUACCCCAUGGCUUCACCAAUAUGGCCCAUGUCACCCAGGCCCAUGUCCAGACUGGAAUCACAGCAGCCCCACCCCCUCAUCCUGGGGCUCCCCACCCACCCCAGGUGAUGCUGCUGCACCCACCCCAGAGCCAUGGGGGUCCACCUCAGGGGGGUGUGCCCCAGAGUGGUGUGCCUGCUCUUUCUGCUUCCACACCUUCACCCUACACCUACAUCGGACACCACCAAGCAGCCCUGCUUGGCUUCGACUCCAAGGGAACAUCAUGCCUCACUCAGGAUAAGCUGAUCACCUGAAGUCUCACCGCCAUGCUGAUUGAGUGACUCAGCUUUUGAUACUCAACACCUCCUCAAGCCCCAAAGCUUCCCCUUCACCCACUGUCAGACUGUAAGCUCCUUGAGGGCAGGGACUGUCUUUUUCUUAUUUGUAUGCCCAGGGCUUAGCACACAAUGCCUAGCAUAUAGUAGACCCUUUAUGUUUAUUGAACUGUGUGAGGACCAAAUUCAGUAAUUUAUAUACAGUGCUUGCAAACCUUAAAGCACAUUAAUUAGUGUGGCUUAAUGGACUGAAAGCCAGCCUUGGAAUUGGUCCAGGGGCCUCUCAGCACCUCUAGGCAACUCUGUAAGGCUACACGUUGCAAAGAGGGUGCUGAUGUACUUUGUUAGAGGGAGUUUCCACAUCCCAAAAGUUCUCCAUGCUAAAAUAAAACGCAGGUUAACUUGCACACCCCACCCCAGUAUGAAAUGUCCAACAAAAUUUUAAACUCACAUUCUACAAAUAAAGGUCAGCCAUUUCUACUUAA